UCCAAGAUUAUUCAAAUAAUUUUUACUCGUAGUCAUAAUCAGUUGGCUGAUUUGUUUAUCAAGGCCUUGGCUACUACUCACUUCUAGCAUCUUCUUGACAAGUUUGGUUCCGUUAAUCUCAUGAAUCCAAGCAAACAUCAAUGAUAAUGAGUGGAUACUCAAACUCAUUUGUCCACAAACCCCAAUCUCAUCAUCUGGCCUCCCGCCAUGUGGCAGUGAUCGGAGCCGGCGCAGCAGGCCUGGUCGCCGCACGUGAGCUCCGGAGAGAAGGUCACAAAGUGAUUGUUUUCGAGCGAGGAGACCAAUUGGGAGGCACGUGGGUUUACAAUCCGAAUGUGGAGUCCGACCCAAUCGGAGUCAACCCAAAUCGGACCCUGGUCCACUCGAGCAUGUACGAGUCGCUGAGGACAAACCUGCCGAGAGAGGCCAUGGGGUUUCGGGACUACCCAUUUGUGGCCAAAAAAGGAGACGAAGAGAGAGACCCGAGAAGGUUUCCGGUUCACAGAGAGGUGCUAAUGUACUUGAAGGACUUCGCCGGAGAGUUUGGGAUAUCGGAGAUUGUGAGGUUGGAGACGGAGGUGGUGCUGGUGGAUGCGGCGGCGGGCGGGAAGUGGAAGGUGAAGUCGAGGAGUAAGGGAGGUGGGGAUGUGGAAGAUGAGAUUUAUGAUGCCGUGGUUGUGUGUUCUGGUCAUCAUACUGAACCUCGUCUUCCCCAAAUUCAAGGCAUCAACACAUGGAAAGGGAAGCAAAUUCACAGCCACAAUUAUCGUACCCCUGCGCCAUUUCAAAACCAGGUUGUAGUUUUGAUUGGGAGCGCAACUAGUGCUAUUGAUAUUUCACGGGAAAUAGCUGGAAUAGCAAAAGAAGUUCACAUUGCGUCUAGAUCUCUCCCUGAUGAAACCAAUGAAAAGCAGCCCGGCUAUGAUAACAUGUGGCUUCAUUCUAUGAUCAAAAGUGUCCAUGAAAAUGGUAGUGUUGUUUUCCGAGAUGGGAGCUUCGUCGUUGCUGAUAUCAUUCUUUACUGCACAGGGUACAAAUAUCAUUUCCCAUUCCUUAAAACCAAUGACAUUGUGACCGUCGAUGAUAACUGUGUUGGCCCACUGUACAAGCACAUCUUCCCACGUGCUUUGGCUCCAUCACUUUCCUUUGUAGGGUUACCAUGGAUGAUUGCGCCUUUCCCCAUGUUUGAAUUUCAAAGCAAAUGGAUAGCAGGCAUUUUGUCUAACCGUAUUGCACUUCCAUCACAAGAGGAGAUGAUGGAGGAUGUCAAGGCUUUCCACUCUUCGCUUCAAACUUUGGGCAUCCCUAAGCAUUACACUCACAACGUUUUUGGUUACAAGUUUGGGUAUGAUGAGUGGCUUGCAGCUCAGUGUGGGUGUCCAGGCUUUGAAGAAUGGAGAAAACAAAUGUACGUUGCAGCUCUAGAGAACCUGCAUAAACAACCAGAGACCUACCGGGAUGAGUUGGAAGAUCACCAUUUAGUAUUGCAAGCGCAUCAGGACUUCACAAACUACACCGUAAAUGGAGUUGGGGUCGUGGAUAAGUGAUAUCCGAACUCUGUCCUUCCCAGAUGGAGUUGAAACAUGCGAAAACAAACAAGGAAACCUCGACCUGUUGCUGUUCCUUAGAAGGUUCAAAUCACAAAUGUAUGUAAUUUAGUAAUGUUGUUGGCAUUCAAAUCAAAUCACAAUCACACAGAUUUACCUCGUUCACUCAACUGAAUUUGAGUUCCGGGCAAUGUCCCAAGGUUUUUAGGUAUUGUACUAUAAUGCAAAUGUUACUUUGUAAUAAGAAGUGUGAAAUUAGAAAGUAA